AUGUCCUCCUUCUUCACGCAGAUCGCCGAGUUGCCGCCAGACCCCCUUUUCGGGCUCAAGGCCAGAUUCAGCGCCGACCCCCGCGCCGACAAGGUGGACUUGGGCAUCGGCGCCUACCGCGACGACGCCGGCAAGCCGUGGGUCUUGCCCGCCGUGCGCCGGGCCGAGCGCAAGUUGAUCGACUCCCCCGCCUACAACCACGAGUACUUGGGCAUUUCCGGGCACGAGCCGUUCUUGGCCGAGGCCGCCAAGGUGAUCCUCGGGCGCCUGUCCCGCGCCAUCGCGGACGGCGCCGUGGUGUCGCAGCAGACGUUGUCCGGCACCGGCGCGUUGCACUUGGCCGGCGCGUUCUUGAAGCAGUUCUACGCGGGCAACCGCACCGUGUACUUGUCGCAGCCCACGUGGGCCAACCACCACCAGAUCUUCUCGGCCGUGGGCUUGGCCGUGGCCACGUACCCCUACUGGGACGCGGACGCCAAGGCGUUGGACAUGGCCGGCUUCAUGCGGACCAUCGAGACCGCGCCCGAGGGCUCGGUCUUCGUGUUGCACGCGUGUGCGCACAACCCCACGGGCUUGGACCCGACGCCGCAGCAGUGGGCGGCGCUCUUGCAGGCGCUCGCCACGCACCGCCACUUGCCCGUGUUCGACUCGGCCUACCAGGGCUUCGCGUCGGGCAACUUGGACCAGGACGCCGCGCCCAUCCGCCAGGCCAUCGACCUGGGCGUGGUGGCCGCGCCGGUGCUCGUCUGCCAGUCCUUCGCCAAGAACGUGGGCAUGUACGGCGAGCGCGUGGGCGCGUUGCACGUGGUGUUGCCCGCGGGCGAGCCGCGCGCGGCCUCCGACGCCUUGAAGCGCGCCAUCAAGAGCCAGUUGAACAGGUACACGCGCUCGGAGAUCUCCAACCCGCCGGCCUACGGCGCCAAGGUCGUGGCCACCAUCCUCGCCGACGACGCCUUGCGCGCACAGUGGGAGCAGGACUUGGUCACCAUGUCCCUGCGCAUCUCCAAGAUGCGCGCCGCGUUGAAGGCCAGGUUGCUUGCCUUGGGCACCCCGGGCAACUGGGACCACAUCACCAACCAGACGGGCAUGUUCUCGUUCACCGGCUUGACGCCUGACAUGGUCGACCGCUUGGAGAAGGUCCACGGCGUGUACUUGGUCAGCUCGGGCAGGGCCAGUGUCGCGGGCUUGAACGAGGGCAACGUGGACCGCGUCGCGGAAGCCUUCCACGAGGUCAUCCAGUUCCACUCCAAGUUCAAGUUGUAG